UUUCUACUCAAUUCAAAUGGGUAAUGGUUGUUCAUGUUAAUGUUAAGCAAAAGGAUAAGAUGAAAUAGAAUUGAAUACAAAUUAAAAACAAUAGAGUUAAUAAAAGCCAAGUGCUAAAAUGGAAACAGGUCAAAAUUAGGAAUCUGAUGUAGAAAAGAUAAUAAUAAUAAAUAGGGUAAAGAAAAAAUAAGAGGACAUUUAAAGGAUGAAGAUGUUGCAUAAAUGGCAGGAGCAAGAAAUAAUUCUAUAGAUGAUGGUUCUUCUCCAAAAUUAAUGAAAAGAGAAAAUGGUAUAGAAUUAUGUUGAGUAGUUAGAUGAUAAUAAACCAGAAGAUUAAUAUAUAUAAUUAGUGGAAUCAACAAAAGGAAAAUAAACAAGAACAAAAUUAAGUGCAAUAGAAAUGAAAAAUGGAGGAGUUUAUGAAGGGGAAUGGAAAAAUGGUUUUAGAGAUGGUUAAGGUAAGUAUGUAUGGCCAGAUAGAAGUUUUUAUGAAGGAGAAUGGGUAGAAGAUAAAGCAAAUGGAUUUGGUAAAUUAGGUAGAUUAAAUUUAUAAAAUAAAAGUGCAUGUUGAUGGUGAUAUAUAUGAAGGUUAAUGGUUAGAUGAUAUGGCAAAUGGUCAUGGAGUUUAUAUUCAUAGUGGUUAUUAGAUUAUAUAUAAAGUAGGUGGAGCAAGAUAUGAAGGAGAUUGGAAGAAUGAUUUAUAACAUGGUUAAGGAGUAGAAGUGUGGCCAGAUGGUGCUAAAUAUGAAGUAGAUUUAUAUUAUAUUGUUAGGGUAGAUAUGAAAAUGGAAAGAAACAUGGACAAGGUACUCUCACUUUCGCAGAUGGUAGUUAUUAUAAAGGUGAUUUUGUUGAGAAUGACAUUACUGGAUAUGGAGAAUAUUAUUGGAAAGAUGGAAAAUCAUAUAAAGGUUAAUGGAAUAAUAGUAAAAUGAAUGGAAAAGGUAUUACUUAAUGGGCUGACGGUAAAAGAUAUGAUGGAGAUUACAAAGAUGAUAAAAAACAUGGUUUUGGUAUAUUUUAAUGGGAAAAUGGAAGAAAAUAUGAAGGAUAUUGGAUUAAUGGUAAAUAACAUGGAAAAGGAAUGAUUACAUUACCUAAUGGAGAAAAAAAAGAAGGAUUAUGGGAAGGUGGAAAAAGAACAAAAUGGCUUAAUAUUGAUGAAUCUCCUAAUAGCUGA